UUACGUCACUAAGUGAACAAGAAGAUUUUCAACGUGAACGAAUGUAGAGCCAUGAAGAUAUUUCGAAAUAAGAUAAGAUAUGAAACAUUUAACAUUUCGUUGUUUAAGAAGGAAUAACUCACAACAGCAAUAAAAAAUUCUUGUUAGCUUUUCAAAGGAAAAGAGGAACAAAUCUCUAACAUAAAAUGAGAAAUCAUGAGGGAUAAUACAUUUAAAUGUUUUCAACAAAUAGAUUAUAAUUAAUAACAAACAAACAAAACAUGCUAAUGUGUCUCUUGCAUAUUGAUAGUAGGGAUCAUUUUGUUCAAAAAAUAGAAAUCCAGGGUUAAACUUUAAGCUGUAAGAUAAAAAUAGAAUCACCAACAAAACUCUUUUUUGUCCGCCAAACGAUUAAACACUAAAAAUAAGCAAAUUCCGACCCAAAAAGGUUACAUUUGUUUCUAUUAUCUAUCUCUUCAUUUACAACAACAAAAAAAAAUCUUGUCAACCAAGCAACCAGAACCCCAGAAGAAACAUCACCAAAAGAGUUUUCCCCUUUUCUUAUCAAUACACAAGCAAAUCAAAAACCAGAAGAUAACACAUUUCGAAAAUCUCUCAUCUAUAUCCGCAAGAAACAAAAAUAUGAGCCUAAACUGCCUUGCCUGCCACAUCCUGCAAAGAUCAAACUCGGACAUAGAUUCAAACAUUACUGAAAACUUCAUAAUUCCAGGAUAUAAAAAUAUGGGAAGGAAAAGACCAACUUUGCCCGUAGUGAGACGGGUCAAAACGGGACAUCGCAGGCUACAUAGUGCGGAGGCCAUUGUCUGUGGGGAUCUUGACGAGCCGAAGCUGGUCCGAAGCAGUGGGAUCAGAAGGGAUUGGAGCUUUGAGGAUCUAAAGAAACAAAGAGAUCAGAUAAGAAUUGUAGACACAAUAAAGGAAUAAGUUAAAUAUGUUUUCCUAUGUUUCUUCUAAUUAAUGUUCUUCUUGUUGUUAACUUGUUCUGUUCCUUUCAAAUUAUAAGGAAAAUCCGCAAAACGUAAGAUUUUGAAAAUUGAUGUUCUGUUCUCAUCCAUGAUCAAAAGUAUAUGUUUUAGCGCAAACACUCGUACGGUAAAUAUUAAACAUAUGUUUCUGUAAGGCUUUUUGUACACGUUUAGCUUCGUCCUCAAGUUCAACACCAUAAAGAAAAUAUAAAACCUAAAACACACAAGCUUUCUCUUCAAAGUUCCAAUACCAUAGAUUGAGUUUUUUGCAGACCAAAACAUUGCCAAUCAGCAACAGAAAAUAAAUACAGAUUAUUAGCUUAAAUGCGAAAAGGUAUAUAUUGAAUGAAAAAGAUACCAAUACCAUCAAUUGGGGUGGUGGCGCAGUUGGCUAGCGCGUAGGUCUCAUAGCUAUUGAGUGAUCCUGAGGUCGAGAGUUCGAGCCUCUCUCACCCCAUUCCAUUUUAGUGUCAGGCUGUCACUCAGCGUUCAGUCAAUCAUGUUGUGUUUACGGUUCAAAUAGAGAAAGUUGUCUCUCAGCAAAAAAGCUGUUUUCUGUUUCAUUAUUAUUUUUAUUUUAAAA